UAUAAUAUUGUGUCAUACAAUAUUGACAAUAUUACAGAAUACAAAAAAAAUAUAUUGAUUUCUCUUCAAUUCGUUUCCGUUUUUGUGCUUUUACUGUCUGCCUGACCUGCCAAUAUUGACCGCAGCUGCUGUAUUUAGAGGGAUUUCUUCUACUCUAAGUAGAUUGGUACCAGUGGCGGCGGAAGGUAUUCUAGGAUAGGGGUGCAAACGAUAUUGAAGCGCCCCUUCCCGCUGGGCGCCCCUUACCAUGCCGAUGGCCGUCCCUGCACUGGAAAAUCAGUUUCGCCCCUAUACGGGCGCCCAUAAAAGUUUGCAGAGUGCUAUUCCUGGUCAUAAUCAUUAAUCAUCUCCCAAGUAAAAAAAAAAACGCAAAAUACGCCCUAGCACUAGGGGUGUAACCGCCCAUACGGACAGUGCAAUUUUACAGGCCCUAAUCUCGGACCUCCCUUAACAUUCAUAUGUUGUAAACGGCAAACCGCCCCCGAUAAAUGUUACACAAACUAAUUUCCUCUCGCAUAUCGGCCAUCAGGCGCCCCUUUUUGUCGCAUGGAGCCUGCAACGCUAUAAGCCCUCAUAUGUUCGUGUUGGCGUUCGGACGCUAUCGCCUUCAAAGACGUCUCCAUAAAUGUUUCUUUUUCGUCCCCCACACAGGCGCCCCUCUUUCGCAUGCAGGCGCCCCUCUUCCGCAUGGCGCGCUUCUCGAGUAGCUGCGCCCUCCUAGCCUUUAUCGCCUGGCAAGAUUAUAUUCGACAGGGUCGGCAGCAUCUGCCUUUGUUUCAGAUAAGGAUGCCCUCCACUCUUCAGCAUAUCAAAAGAUACUUUUCCCACGUCAUUGCCACCCUCUUCGUGUCACAAGUGCCUUUAUCAGUUGCGGUGUCGCCUCGCACUACUCAGCUUUAUGGCUGCCGCACCUCUAACUUCCUGCCUCCUCUACAGAUUUCCGAGGCGCCCCUUUCCAUAGCUUUAGGGUGCAGCUGCCCCCCUUGCCCCCCUGCUUCCGCCGCCACUGAUUGGUACCGAGAGUGUCCCUGAUGUCUGCCCUGGUGCCGCGGGCGGCCGGCUGGGUGCCCCGGCUGGCGGGUCCGGUCCGGCCCGGCUCCACGGCGGCAGGCGCCGCUCCGACGUUCGUCAACAAGAACCCGCGUAACCUGGAGCGGAUGCGGCUGGCGCGCAAACAGGAGGGCUGGAGACUGGAGCCCGAGAGCCGGAUGUACUGGCACAGGGCCGUGUUCGAGGCCACCAACCGGCACACGUCGGCGCACGUGGAGCACCAGGCCGGCCGGCGGCUGGCGUCGGCCUCCAGCCGCGAGCUGUGCGUGCGCCGACACCUGUUCUCGGCGGUGGACGUGUGCGCCGCCGAGGCGGUCGGCCGCGUGCUGGCGCGCCGCUGCCUCGAGGCCGGCAUCACCGAGCUCGAGUUUCCCACCACCGAGGAGCAGCUGGAGCGAUCCAACAGGCUGCGGUCCUUUGUGCGCGCGAUGGAGGAGGAGGGCCUGAAACUGCAGGAGCCGCCCGCCAUCAAACCCGAGCCCUGGUGGAGCAAGGACCGCCAGCAGAAGCCGUGGCACGUGCCCGAGGAGGAAGUGGUCGGAUAACGACGGCCGACUGCGUCCCAAUAGUGAUAUGUCGCGAGUGUCCAGUGAGUCGCUGUAAUUGUACACAUUAAAAAUGGUCAUAUGUA